UAUAUAUAUAUUAUUUCCAGAAAUUGAAAAAAUUAAUGUCAGAGACACAGAGCAGCUGCAGCUCACACUCACAGGUCAUAACAUGCAAAGCGGUGGUAUGCUGGGGAAUAGGAGAAGCAGGGAAGGUGGAAGAGAUACAAGUAGAGCCUCCAAAAGCGUCUGAAGUUCGGGUGAAGAUGCUCAACGCCAGUCUUUGUCACACUGACAUCUUGAUUUCCAAAGGCCACCCAAUUUGUGGUAGAGAUCAUCGGGGAGAAGGAGGAGAUAUAAAAGAAGGAGACAUGGUAAUUCCAACGUUUGUUUCAGAGUGCCAGGAAUGCGAGAAUUGUGUGUCGGGAAAGACAAACAUGUGCCUCAAAUAUCCUUUAUCGUUCACCGGUCUCAUGCCGGACGGCACUUCAAGAAUGUCUGCCAAGGGACAGAAGCUGUACCAUGUAUUUUCUUGCUCAACAUGGUCAGAGUACAUGGUUGUGAAUGUUAAUUACCUUGUCAAGCUUCCUCCCACUAUGAUUACUAGUGGUAGUUUUCCUCUCCCCCACGCAAGCUUUCUCUCCUGUGGAUUUUCUACUGGAUUUGGGGCUCCUUGGAAGGAAGCUAAGCUUGAAAAAGGAUCAACUGUCGCUGUUAUUGGUCUUGGUGCUGUUGGAUUAGGGGCAGUUGAGGGCGCUAGAGUGCAAGGUGCCGCUAGGAUCAUUGGCAUCGACAAAAAUGACGGGAAAAGAGAAAAAGGAAAAGCUUUUGGAAUGACUGAUUUUAUAAACCCUGAUCAUCAUCAUCAUCAUCAUAAAUCAGUUUCUCAGAGCUUCGAGUGCACCGGAGUGGACUAUAUAAGGGUGUUUCUCAAAUAA